AUAAUUCUUACAAAUGGUUUCAAUAUUUUCUUUUAAUUGAUAAUUUUUUUAUUAGGUUUUCUCAAAAGAUUUGAAGAUCAUCGUCGAUAAUUUUACAAUCGAUAUUGAACAAAUAGGUCAAAAAUCUCGAUAAUUCUCGGAUACUUUGUGUCCAUUUAACAGAAGUUGUGAUGAUAAUUUAUAAAAAUAUGUGCCUAAUUCGUGAAGUUGAAAUUAAUUAACAAGAGAUAGACUUAUGUAUUAUCAUUAUUAUCGACUAUAAUUAAAAAAUACAUUAAUUCAAAGUCAUUAGUAAUCGAAUGUUUUUUUUCGAAAACUUAACCUAAAAUUUGUAUUAGUGUUAUUUCAUACGUAUUACUCCAUCGUUACAAUGUCUUUUAAAAAGGAUUUAAAGUUACUUUUACGUCCAUAUUAUUUAAUAAAUAUUAUUCUUAGUAUUUCUUAUAUCGUUGCUAAAAGACUUCCUUUAAUUUGUCAUUAUAUCUUCGCACAAUCAGAGUGUGAACUUGAUGGGAAAGAAACAGAAAUCUUAUUUUUCCUCAUGAUAGUAAUAAUGAUCAGGACAAGAAAAACUGGAAGCGUAACUAUGAUAAAUUAUUUAUCAUCCAGUUUUGUUUACACAAAGGUAGCCAAUUUGGUCUUAUGGUUUUAUGCCGAUAUACGGAUGGGAAUUUUGUUUGCAAUUAUUUUUAUUCUAUGUGGUUUAAUACUGCCUGAACCUACAUAUCAAGGACCAGAAAAUGUUAUUUAUUUGCGUGGUGCAAAUGGAUUAGAAGAAGAGUUAACACGCGAUACUAAAAUAGUUUGGGUUGUAGCAUUUUAUACUGCGUGGAAUCCCUCUUGUGUUAACUUUGCCCCAAUUUUCUCUGAACUCUCCGCAGAGUAUGGUCUGGACAAUUUAAAAUUUGGUAAGGUGGAUAUAGGAAGAUAUCCUGAUGCAGGUGUUAAAUAUCACAUUAGUGAUGCUAGUACCAGUAAACAAUUACCUACCGUGAUACUGUUUAAAGAUGGAAAGGAAAUAGAAAGAAGACCACAUGCUGAUCAUAAGGGCAAACUCGUUAAAUUCCUUUUUUCUAUGGAUAAUGUAAAAGCGGCAUUUGAUCUCAACAAUGUCUAUAGAGAAUGUAAGAAGAGUCAUACUAAAAGAAAAGAAAAAAAAGCAAUAAAAGCUGAGUAAUACUAUUUAAAUAUUUAAUAGUGUAAGAAAAUAGUGAACUUUAUUGGAAAUGGUUUCUACUGUGUAGAAAACCAUUCAAUAUAGUCUUUAUAAACCAAAGCUUAAUUCAAAACAAACUUUAAAGCUCUGUAAAUAUUUCCAUUAUAUCCAUUAUUGUUUUAAAAAGUUUUUAUAACAAUCAAAUUUGCUGUUACAUUUUUAUUGUUAAUCUGUUGCAUAUAAAUUUUCUUUAAAUGCAUUUAUCAAUAAUCAAUUGCUUGUUAUGAACAUAUUAAAAUACAUAAUGCACACAUAAUUUAUCUGUACAAAAUUUUUUAGUAUUCAUAUAAUUUUCAUGAAAAUUUAUUUAUAAUAUUAAGUUACCAAAUGUAUAAUGCCAAUUAAAAAAUUAUCAGCACCUAAUUAUAUUAUUUCGUUAUUAACAUAUUCGUACAUAUUCGUACAUGUUUACAAAUUUACAAGUUUACAAAUGGACAAUAUAAAUUAUUAUAUUGGUGGCCAUAAUGAAACUAUUUCCGAAUGUGUCGAUUCAGGUAACCACUUUUGAUAAGCAGAUAAAAGAACUAGAAAACAAUAAAAUUAAUAGAUAAACAUUAAAUUAAAAAUUAGUAUUAUGUUAAAAUAUAUAUACUUACAGGUUUUAUCUUUAUCCCAAACUUCUAUUAAUUUACAUUUUGACAUAACUCCUUCUGACAAUAACGUUUUUGUUAUUGCUUCUGUACGUGGUAAUAAUCUAAAAGACAGUUUUUAUUUACUAAUUUAUGAUAUUAACUAAUGAAUUGCAACAUUUAAGGUAAUAUGCAAAAACAUACUUAGCCCAUGAUUUGUUUACACUGCCUGGUGUUGAUAACAAAAUAGGUACAAAUCUUUUCAAUUUUGGACACACUUCACCUUCUAAAAAGAACCGUGCAAACCAUUUUACUCCUUCUACGUUCAUUGGAUAUUCUAUUUCUAUCAUUGGUAAUUGCCAACCAGCUCGACCAAAUGUGCCUGUUAUAUGACACAAAACUUUUCCAGAAUGAAGAUCAUAUCUAGAUUAAAAUUGUAUUUUAUUGAAUGAAUCAAUGACUUAUUAAAAAAUUCAUAUUAAAUUUUACUGACAAGUAUAAAUAUUCCAAGUUACAUUUUAUGAGAAUAUAAUACUGACCUUGGAGAAGGUUCAAUCAGAGGUUCGCUUAAUGUACAUAAGGUUGGAGCGAACUUCGGAAACCAUUCUGGUUCUAUUGCGGUUACACCACGCAUAUAUAAUUUAUUAGUUUCAUAUAUCUCUUGAUAAACAACCCAUUCUGGACUUGUCUUCCGAAGAACACACGACGAAUGCAUAAAUACAGGGUCUUCCAUUUCUACAGUUCUGAAAGUGUAC